AUGGAUCCCACAUCGAAUAUCCCGGAAACUCGAAAGUCAGCUCCUGCCGCACCUCCAGAGACUGGCAUGUACCCUUCCUUAGCUCGCUAUAGGUCUGACGAUGGUAUAGAUAAAUCAAGAUUCGCCAAAGGACCACCACCCAUGUAUAGGCCAUUAUUGCCACGGAUUCCGUUCUCCCAACAACUUCAGGAUGUAACAAACACGGGACUUCAGGAACCUGGAAUGGCCACAAGAAAGCGAAAAGCAGAAGCUCCCCCCCAAAACGAACCACCUAGAAAGCGAGGCCGCCCUAGGAAGUCAGAGACGACGGCACAAACCUCGAACGUCAUUACAUCGAUUGACCCCCAAGAUGGAUUGAGAAUCCGACUCCCAGAUCGGCUACUAGAGGCUAAAGCCAACGCUCCUGCCAACAAGACUCCAAAGCCAGCAGCUCUGAUGGGUCCCACUGAUGGUCAAGCAGCUGUCGUGCCGUCUCCCGAUCUUGUUCUGUCCGGAUCCAGGCACCGGGAGUUUAUGGCUCUAUGCGACGACGACAUCAAGGCCCAUCGAGUCAUCCAACGGAUCAAGAGCCUGGACAGCAAAAUAAACGCUCUCAGGCAGUCGAUUAGUCCUGAAUUGGUGGGUGGCAAUGAUCCAGCUAGAAAGAUCAUCCUCCAGCCGUUGAGACCUCACUACUUCGUGGCAAAGCUCCGAAGCUACGAGCGCUCUGAGAGGGGGACUGAGUCCAUAUCGCACCAGACGGGGAUCAAAAAUGAUGUUUUCAUGGGCUUCAAGGGUUACAAUUGGUGA